AUGCCGCCGGCGGCAAAAAAGCAGAAAAAGCUGGCAUUGUUGAUUUCAGCCUCCAAAGACGCUUACAGGAAAGGUUUGGCGGAAGCUCUGAAUCUCAACCGCACCCGUAUUCUCGCCUUCAGGAACAAACCUCCUCCUCUCCAUCAUUACUCUUCUCCUCCUCCUCCUCUUCACCAACAGCCCCGACGACGACGACAUAUUCCUCUUUCUUGUCGGAAAGAGUUGGACGCUCCUGGAAUUCUUGAUGACUUCUGCCUUUCUCACAACGUCUUAGCCAUUGCCCUGGGCCACACUCUUUACCUCUGGGAUGCUUCUACCGCCUCUGUAUCUGAGCUCGUGACCAUUGAGGAAGCCAAAGGACCCAUCACAAGCAUAAUCUGGUCGCCUGAUGCUUCCUACCUUGCACUUGGCCUCAACAACUCUCAAGUACAGCUCUGGGAUUCUUCCUCCAACACCAAGAUCAAAACUUUCAAGGGUCUCCACCACUCUGGAGUAGGAUCACUUGCGUGGAACAACAACAUCCUCACAACUAGAGGCAUGGACGGCAAGAUUGUCAACUCCGAUGUCAGGAUCAGGCCUGUUGUGUGA